UCUGACUCAGGACUGGGUGGAGUGUCCAGUUACAGAGCCGUUGCCACAGCAGUGUUGCUGAGCAGCAUGCGACAUGUUGAGAUCAGGUACCUCACAUAUCUGUAGCUUCAGAACCCUGGACAGCGCCUUGUUUUAACCCAGCUCCAUUCAUCCAGGUUUACAGGUGUUAAAAUAUUGGUUUAUCAGGAGGAGACCAGGAUGGAUGGACGCUUCACAACUACUGAGGAAUAUAGGGUCAAUGCUUUAAGCCCCAAAGGCUCCAUUUAGAGGGAUGUUCAGGAAAAUCAACAAUGUCUUCCGUCCCAACCAGCAUGGACACAGAGGCCGGGAUGCAGGUGAGUGCAGGAGCGAACAGGACUACCACAGAGCCUGCACCGUCAGGCUGGUCCGCAGCACCUCCAUGCUCGUGGUGGGGGAGAGAAGCCAGGCGACGGCCGGCGUAAGCUCCACUUUGAAACGCAGCAAGAGCUCAGUGAGCAUCGAGUCGACCUUGUACUAUUACCAGAGGCAAGAGGACCGGAUAUGGCUGUACUCUCAGAACCAGAACUGCCUGGAGUACCUGGAGGCCCUGGUGGCUCUGAGGCGGCGCUACACCCAGAGUGUGAGCGACCUGAAGAGCAGCGACAUCCAGGCCACCGUGGCCUCCUCCAGGAAAAAGCCUGCACCCCCACCGCCCACUAAACAGGAGCCGGUACCAAGAGCCAAACCCUCUGCUCCUCCGGCCCCCACAGAGGAGGACACUCUGCAGUUCUUUGACUCGGUCAUCGCCAGCUGCGAUGAGCCUCCGCGUAAACCUUACCUGGAUGAUGGACAUGCAGAUGUGGACUUCAUAGUCGCCUCCAGCUCAGCUGAACACGACCUCCACUCCAAUUGGGUCUUGCGGGUUCCUCGUGUCGCCGAUGACUCCAAGGAGAAGGCUGUUCGUCACUGUGCCAAGGAAAGCAAGAAGAAACCCCAGAGCGGGUCCACGAGCAGCAGACUGCGGCUUCAGAGGAACCCGAUCCACCUGCCCAAGGUGGUGGAGAGCGCCUUCCAGACUCUGCGCUUCAAGCCCAAAUUAAAAAAGAAGAGUGAGGCUUGAUGAGACAUUUGAAACCUGCUCUCUGCUUGGUCUGACACUAUUGUCUGAACGGUUAAUAUUUAUAUAAAAACAAAUUUUUACUUUUAUUGUGAAUAUAUAUGAAGCAGCAAAAGGGAAUUCAGCCAUUCAUUUUAUAACUUAAAUCUUUGUGUUUUUGUCCAGUGGGAUGUCAAAACAUCCUCAUAUUAAAAAGCCUUUCCAGUAUCA